CGCUCCAGAGAGGAAAAAACAAAAAAAUAUUGCUUCGUAACCGGCUAUGCUUCUAAUUCUUUUCACUGGCCAGGCGGCAUGGUCUCCAUGUCACCGUGUUAUCUGGAAAAGAAUGUUAGCGAUUGUCAAGAAACAAACCACUCCUACCACGUUUUACUCAAAAGAACGCAAACAUUUGAAACUAUUAAAAGCUCGACAUUUCAAGCAGUUUAUACAAAAGUUGAGGGAAAAAGUAAGCUGGAAAGUGACAAGGUGAACGUGACCCUUGACGUACAAGGAAAUAGUUGAAAUAAUUAAAAGUAACGUCUCAACACAGACGAGUUAAUAAUUUGUCAAAAAAUUUCUAAUCUCAAUCGAAAUUUGCAAAAACAAAAGUCAAAGGUCAUAGCGUUGCUUUGGCAAAAUAAGGACACAGAAAGAAUUUUAAAGGAAAUGCAUGGGAAGAUCAGUUCCUACAAGUUAAAACAUCAGAUAUUUUGGAGAUUCACUGUAUUGAGCUUAGAAGAACCACCAUAUGGGAUUGAUUGGGAUAGACAGAAUGCGAGACUAAGCCACCGACCGCAUCAUGACCCUAUCCUACUCUACCGAUGGAAAACUCUGCUACUCUGUCAGCAGCUAUUCAAUACUAUCGAUGUGAUGCGGUGGGCGUCCCUGCAGCGACGUAGGGGUGGCCACUCUUCCAGAAACUUCUACCAGUUUCAACCGCAAACGCUGAGCGGAAGUAUGCGGUUCAAGCAGUCAUGAGAGAUAGAUAAGCGUCCGUAAUGGGAAGGAGUUUCCGGUCAGCUGAAUGACCGGGAAGGAAGAUUUGCUUGCUUGCUUACUCACUAUCCCUUUCUUUUCUGUCGUUCCGAGUACCAUCUAGGCAAGUUAACCAAUUCGUACCGUUGUUCGUGGUAUUCAGCUCAGAACCAAUUGCACUCUGAUGUAAAGCUACAGCCUAUUCAUUGAAGCAAUGGAACUAGGAGGGAUGGUCACAAAAUUCGAAACUGAUGCGGUAGGUGAUCAUUUUAAACCUAACAGUUAAUGAAACAGAUAAACGCCUUAUUAAUCACCAAUUCUGCCACCUCUACUUUGUCAGUUGAGAUGUCCCCUAAACUAUACUAGGCGUCUACAAGAUCCGCGUUGCCUCCGAUGACCAUCAUAUGCGAAGAGCCAUCUUAGCAGAGUGACAAAUGGACAACGAUGGACAAUUUCAGCGACUUCUGCAACUCCUAUAGAACCAAAAUAAAUGACUAGUUUCACCUUCCUUCAUAUCAUGCGACGGACUGCUAACUGUUGUGCCGCCAAACAGAUAACGAGAGUGGUCAUUUUAGUCAAUCUCACUAAUUUUUCACUCGUAUAACCACUACAGGAGCAAACUGGGGAGAAAUGAAAAUGGAAAUUAUAAGGUAUAUUAACGAUCUUUCAAUCACUGCGCAGUCACCAAUUGAGGUAUGGAAAAAUGUACAAUGAUACACCCUUGCAGGUUCCAAAAUCUACAAGAUGCUUGCUUGUCUACGGCUUACUGCAACA